UUCGGUUCGUCCACAUCACCUGGAACUUAGCGUCGUGCAUUAAUAAAUUGUCGUCGUGUCAUACACGUUAUGGAUGCGCGCCCGAAGGGGUAUUUAUAUGAAGGCAUUGUAGACUCAGUAGAGGGACAUGCAGGCCGCCUGAGUCUAUGGCCCGGUCGCUCAUCCCCAUUACACAAUCGACAUCAUGUUUCGUUCAAGUUCACAAGCAUUCAUCGCACUAGUCUUGCUUGCGUCGCGAUUCUUGGCUGUUCACAAUGCGCAGGCCCAGGUGGUGAUCUCCAAUAACGAUGGUUGGGCAACUGCCCAGAUCCGUGCUCAAUUCGAUGCACUGACUGAGAAAGGCUACGAUGCCUUUUUGUCUGCCCCUGCACUGAAGCAGUCGGGGAAAGGUUCAUACACUACGACCCCUGAAGUGCUCACCGAGCCAUGCCAGUUCGAUACUUGCCCCGUCGGGUCGCCGCCCUUUGGGUACAACGCUAGCGACUCACGCCUGAACUAUGUGAAUGCAUAUCCAGCGAACGCGGCAAACUACGGUGUCAAUGUGAUAUCUCCGAGAUUCACUAAUGGGCACCCUCCCGACCUUCUAGUGAGCGGCCCGGACAUUGGACCUAACGUCGGAUUCUUGACGCAAUACUCGGGUACUGUUGGGGCGGCUUCCGCAGCUUCCUUGCAAAACAUUCCAGCGGCAGCUUUCUCCGGUGUCAGCGGAGCACAAGUCUCGUAUACUACCCUUACCUCCGACCCUUACGCGAACUCGACUAUCGCCGCUCGGAUAUACUCCGACCUGACAGUGCACUUCGUUGGUACCCUCUUCGAGGCAAUCGACAUCGGCUUGCCCAUCAUCUUGCCCCGGGCUGUGAUCGUGAACGUGAACUACGGUUCGAUCAUAGGGUGCGGCCGUCCGGGAGACUACAAGUGGGUGUUCGCAAGGAACAGGAAGGACGACAGUGCGGUCGACGCAUUGAUGUGUGAUGACUACUUGCCAACUGAGUUGGAGGUAUUGCGGAGCCAGGGGUGCUAUGUGAGCGUGUCAGCUCUUGACGCGGAGACGAAGACGGACGUCGACGCAGGGACGCAGGCGUUGGUGAUGAUGAAGCUACAUUUCCUACCAUGGAGCUGUCUAGAGUGACAUCGGGCAUAUAAACUACAUAUUUCUUGAGUUUGUAGCGUUGCACUCCUGCUUCUGUGCGUAUGUGAAUGUCAUCCGCC